AUGUCCUCCCGCAGGUUCAUGAUGGGCGAUUACGUUCCCAGCGACAAGAACGAGGGCGAACUCAUGCACGUGAGAGAGCUCAAAGGCGACUUGCCUCCUUGGUACAACCCCGCUCAGUUCUCAGUCUGGCACAAAAGGUGGGUGAGGGAGCUGGAAUAUCAGCGUCUCCUGCACUACCGCGGGUAUCAAAACAAGCAGAAUGUGAAUGAGCUGAGGCAUCCGGGAAUGUCGUUCGGGGAGAGAAUCUCCUGCUUCUUCCAAAACUUCAACAACUUCUCAGCUCCUCCGUCGCUUGGCUUGCAUGUGAUCCUUCGUCGUUCUAUGCUUCCUCUUGUGAAAGUUCAGCAGGGACCAAUGUUAGUUUCAGCUGGGAUGCGAAACAUCUUCCCUCUCUUCCAUGACCUGAACAUCACAGUAGAGGACGACGAGGAGGAGCAGGUGCCUGUGCAGCAUAAGCAUGUGCCGGGGAAAGCGGAAGCGAAGCCGUUGAUGCCUGAUUUCGAGAACUUGAGAAUUUCCGCAAAGAUAAGCACCAAUGUGUUCCUCAGCUGGACUUGGAGCUGGGAUGCAGCCCGGCAGCAGCGGAAUCUCUCAGCAGAGGAAGCAGAAGAGCUGAUGACAAGCGUAAAGAUGGUGGAGGUUCGCAUCGACGGGACGGAGAGAGGGGAAUUCAUGUGCGAGCAAGAUUCCGGCUGGGGUACACCUAGAGGUCUGCAGGGGCUGUGGCUGGACUGCAUGAAAGAAGGAAAUCAUACGGUUUGCCUACGUGUGUUCCGUGCUCCCCCACGUGGAUACUCCAAGAAUAUGCGAGGAGCUUGGAGCUCGGCCAUCAAGUUUCAGGUGAUUCCCUUCUAUCGGAAUGUCUCGAGGGUCGAGGACGACAACUCUCCUUCUGCUCGCUCGCACUCGCAGAGCAGAGCAAAAAUCGACAAGCGCAAGCUGCUGGUGUGGGAGCAGACCAAGGAUGCGAUAUCGAUGGCGGAAAAGGCUGAGAUAAUGCAAGGUGUGAUGAAGGAACUGUCCCAGGAACUUUCACUGCCUCUCCCUGACGUCUCAGAGGAUUUGGUGCUGGACGAGGAGCAGGAAGCUCUACUAAAGCUUCUGUCGAAUCAGUCGGAGACUCUUCAUCAAUCAUUCGUAUCGCAUGCAAGAGCGCUGGAGAGAUCUCGGGAUCUCUCGAGCUUGUUCCUACGAGCUGACGAUCUUGGGCAUGCUUUGAGAGAGCAGUUGAAUCAGAAUAAGUGGCGACAGGAGGAACCGCCGCCUCCCGAAAAUGUGACCGUCAGCUGGACUUCUCCUGGAGGCAACACGACUGCGUCCUCGGGAGACGGCCUUCAGCUCUUUGCGGUAGAGGAGGAGGAGCUGUGGCUCAUAAGGGAGACCGACAAGGGCUUAGAGGAGAUGAACGUGACCUUGGCGUCCUCCGACUUCACCUGGCAGAGGAAGCCUCGCUCGUGUGACUUCUACAUGCGCAAUGGCUUCUGCCUGAACGGCAAGACUUGCCGCUUCCUGCACUCCGGUCGACCAGCCCGAUCCUCACUGCAGCGAGCCAUGGCCUCCGUCCUCAACUCGUACCCAAACGAGUUUGAGGCGCUGAGGGGGGAGGACAGUGAGCUUGAGGAGGAGGACCUGGAUCAGUUGAUGCUGCUUCUCGGUCAGGACUACCCGGGAUGGUAUCUCACACGAGAUCGUGUAGCAAAGCUCGUAAAAGAUGUCUUGCCCUCGAUCAGGAAGAAGAGGAGGAAGAGCUCGUGGGCAGGGAUGACAACGAGGAUGCGGCGAGGCAGAGACACGAGGGAUCUGGGGGAAGCAUCGAGUUCUCAAGCUGUGGAUGAGGCGGAGAAUACUGAUGAUUCCUUCUCACGAUCCUCUCAUCAUUGGCCGUGA